UAACCCAAUCAGAAAGUUUAUUCCAGUAUGCCUAUGGACAAAACACAUCAACUUUUUCUUAUCCAAAUAACAAUCCUUUAUUUUAUGAGGACCUAGAUAAGACAAUAACAAAUUAUUUCAACACACUAUGUAAUGGAACAUUUAAAAUACCAUGUAUAUACGAUUACAUUGCAACUUUAAAUGAAAGUUUAGCAAAACAUUCAUUAACAGUAGCUGAUCAGUUUAUAAUGGACUCCAUCAAUAUGGCAAAUCAAGGACCACUUAUUAAAUUAAACCAAACAUAUUUUGAAGUAUAUAGAAAUAAACCUUUUUACCUUAAUGCCAGUGGCUUUGAUAUUGAUGGGAACAUAACACACUUUAUAGUGUUAGCAAAUGUAAAUUAUACUGAAACACAACAUGAGCAAAGCACUGCAAUACAUAAUGCAACAUCCAGCUUUAGAUUUAUAGUUACAGAUCUUAUUCCAGUAACAAUAGGAAUAACAGCUGUUGAUGAUAAAAACCUGCAGUCAGAAGUUUUCCCGUUGUCUCUUACUCUCUGUACUGGUUGCAGUAAUCAGGGAUCAUGUAACUUUUCUGUUACCAGACCUACCUCAUCUCCUUAUUUCUCAUAUGCAACCUGCAACUGUAACUCUGGUCAUAGAGGAGCUGAAUGUGCAGAAGUUAGUGAUGGCUGUGCUUUGAAUUCUUGCCCAUUAGGAUGUGUAAAUAUUACAAAUAAUUUAGAACAGGAAAAUGGAAUAUUUUAUAACUGUGUAAAAUGCCCUGUUGGAUUUAAUCUUAGCAUUGCUAAAACCAAGUGUGAGGACUUAGAUGAAUGUCAAACAUCACCAUGUGAUUCUUUUGCUGACUGUGAAAAUACAUUUGGUAGCUUUGUAUGCCACUGUCCUAGAGGUUACCAAAAUAUAAACAACACUUGUGUAGACAUUGAUGAGUGUGCUAACAAGUUAGAUAACUGUGAUCAAAUAUGUAUCAACAUGCCAGGGAAAUUUAAUUGUCCAUGUUUUUCUGGUUAUAAACGUGCAAAUAAUACAUGUGUUGGCAUAAAAACAGAUACAAAUCAGUGUAAAUCACUAAAUAAAACAUGUGAGCAUGGCUGCAAUGGCACUCAAGGCUGUUUUUGCAAACGCGGAUAUAAUCUUACACAAGAUGGCAUCCACUGUGAAGGUAAUUAA